AUGUGGACUUUUGCAACUUUACGGCUUGUUCAAUUGGAGAAGGUCACAACACAACGUUUUGGCAAUCAAAUUGGAUUGGAGAUCUCCCACUUAAAAGUAGGUUUCUGCGGCUGUUCCAGGAAAAUUUCGUCAGUUAACGAGAUGGGUUCUUGGGAGGAUGGUCAUUGGGUUUGGAAAGUUAGAGAAUCACUGAUUGAUGACGGUAUCAAUUUUGUAUCAGAUUGGGCAGACUGUAGUGGUCUGUUGGAUCAGAUGGCAGCCAUCAGCAGUGUCGGCGACAAUUGGAAAUGGUUACUUCAUGAUUCUCUUUCGUAUAAGGUUAGAUCUUUCUAUGCUGCUUUACCUUCUUCCUCAUCUGCUUCUGCUCAUACUGUUGGAAAUGACUGUGCUGCUCUUCUGGAGAUUCUUUGGAAAACGGUGUUACCGGCAAAAGUCCAAAUUUUUAUUUGGAGGUUGGCGCUUGAUAUGUUGCCUACCAUAUCCAAUUUGAUGAAAAUAAGGGUGAUUGAUUAUUCCCAAAACUCAGAUUGUGCGUUCUGUUCGUCUAGUAUUGAGGAUGUCUCUCAUCUUUUCUUCUCGUGCUCUAAAUCUUCAUUGGUGUGGAAUAGGAUUUGCGAGUGGGUGGAUAUAGAGUACAUUUCGGAGGAUUGUUGUAGUCUUCAUGCGAAGGUCUGGAAAUCGAGACUUCCGGGUCACUGCAAAGAGUACAAGAUCAACUCUAUUUGGUUCAUCUCUUGUUGGAGUUUAUGGAGGGCUAGAAAUAACAUUAUCUUCAAUAAUGCUUCCAUUGACAUUGAGGACAUUGUUUUCGAUAUUAAAGUCUUCUCGUGGAAUUGGUUGAUUUUAGGUAGACAGGAUAAUAAGAAUUGUAAUUUGUACGAUUGGUUCAAAUUUCCGUUCGAUUUUAUGUAA